AUGGUCUGCCUUACUUUCGAACCGUCGGUGCCGCCGCCGAAACGCCGAGGCCGGCUGCAGCUGGCUGACCUUCCAGUGGAUGGACUUAAAGAGUUACCUUCAGCAGUCCAGAGUGACAGUGACCGGUGGAAGCACAUCGAGCCGAAGGCUGUUGGGCCUCCCUGCCAAACUAAGGACAUCUGUAGUCCCAGCCUUGAAGACCUGGGGCAGGCGGCCUUCAGGCAAGCGGCUGCUCUCGCACACAAGCAGGCAGCCGCCAAUUCUGGAGACGCCAGGCCGCGGCAGGGGACGGGAGAAGACAGCUUGAGUGCUGGGCGGCGCUUGGGCAGCGGCGGUGGGGCCACUGCCUCGCUGGCCCAUGCAGAUGAGCCCUCCAGGAUGCUCAACAGCGACAGCGACCGCCCGGAACCCAUCCGCCCACAGGCGAAGUCGAUCAGGGCGGGAGAGCCGGGCUCGGGCGGCACGGGGACGGCAGCGUCGGACUGGCGCCGCAACUCGCUGAGCGCCAAGAACUGCGAGGGCAGCGCGACGUCCGACGAGGACCACCCGCGCCUCGUGCCGCGCCGCGGGGCCGGCCCCGACCUGCGCAGCAGCGGGAGGGAGAUUGACGAGUACCUCAUGCGCCUGCUGCACGCCGGGUCCGUCACCGCCUCAGAGGCCGCCUUCUACCAGAACGAGGUGCCCGAUCAGCAAGCGCCCACGUCGUUGGCGUUCCCUGCCGGCUGGAACAAUGCGCGGCCGUGGUUUGAGACGGCGGGGCAGCAGCAGGCGGCCGCGCGCGCCGGCGGCAGCGGCGGGAGUGGCAGCGGCGGUGCCGGCCAAGCUGGCGUGCGGCCGGCCAUGCCACCGCCUGCGUUCCCUGCUCAGCCCUGGCAGGGCAGCCGUCUCGGUCCCCUCCCUCCCAUGGGCCCCUUCCCGCCGUCAAACCCGCACCUCGAUGACGCGACUCAGGUGCGCGGGGAGUCAAGCUGCGGCGGAGCAGUGAGUGAGGGUGGCAUUGGGGAGGGCGUCAGCGCUGGAGAGUCGCAGCAGAAGUGGCCCAAGACGCUGAGCGCAGCGCCGCAGCAGCGGCAGCAGCAGCCGCAGGAGCCGGAACAGCCUUCCUCCGCGCGGUGGCUGCAUGCGCGCAUCGGGGAAGCCGGAAUUGCCAAGCUUGGCGCAACCAUGCUCUCCCAGCAGGAUACCUUCCAGCAGCAGGUGGCGGAUCUGCACCGGCUAGUGAAGCGGCAGACGUCGCUGAUGGAGGAGGCAGCAGCAGCGCAGGCGGCCGCGGCAGCGGUAGCGGCUGCCGCCGCCGGCGCACCAGGCAAGCGGCAGAAGCCGGGUGGCUGGCCGGGCGACAACCAGGACCCGCAGACGGUGUUGGUGAGCAGCCUGGGAGACGGCGGCAGCGGCAGCAUGCCCAGCAGCAAUGCCAAUCUGUCUGGGGGCGCUGCGGCCACCAGUGACGAGGGCGCAGUGUCGCGCGAGACACUGCGCGUGACAGCGCUUGCGCAGCGCUCGCAGCAGCUGCGCAAAGGCAGCGCGACCGUGGCCCCGGCGCCGGCCGCCCGCGCGGCUGCGCACGACGGCAAGCCGCAGCGGCCGUCUCUGGACAGCAACGCCUCCGAGCAGCUGGACUUGGGCAGCAUGCGUGGUGCGGCACCUGCCGGCAUGUGCGGCGGCAGCAACGUCACCUGCCAGCAGCUGCAGGAGGCGGACGCUCGUCUGCGCUCGGCCUCCCUGGAGCUGUCGCAGCAGGGCGCCGCCGGGGGGCCCAUCGAUGGCGGGUCCCCCCUGGCGGCGGCCCUCAGCGGGGGGUCCCUUGUCAGGGCUGCGCUGCGCAGCCUUGAACAGCAGCAGCAGACGCCGCGGGCGGCGCAGGGGCUGUCCUCUCGGGCCUCGGGUGUCGACAGGUUCCUACAGCAGGGGAGCUUUGACGACGCCUCCAUGCAGCAGCAGGCAGCGUUUGCGCAGCAGAGCUUCAUGGCGGCUGCCGGGCAGCGCCAAUUCCAAGACCAGCUUAUGUUCUCUGCUGGGGCCCAGCAACCUGGGUCGGCCUGGUAUGGGGAGGCGAUGAUGCAGAUGCAGCAGCAGAGCUGCAUGGCUGCGUUCGACCCCCGGUUCUUUCCCUGGUUAUACCAAUCUAAUAUGUCCGCCAUGAAUGCUGGUGGCUUCAACGGCUUCAACCCAGCAGGCGGCAUGUGGCUGCAAGCCAUGAUGCCCAGCAUGCUUGGAAUGAGAUUCAACAACGGCGACUUCAACGUGCAGACAAAUUCUGCCAAGCCCACCACGCAGGGCGGCGGGAUGUUUGACGGCCACAGCAUGCACCAGGCAGCUCAGGAGAGGCAGCAACAGGAUGGCAAGAGCGCUGCAAGCCAGGGCAGCGCUCGCGAGUCUUCUCACGGCGAAUCCAAUGCAGCGUCGUCCAUGCAAGAGGAUGGCACUGCAUCGGCCGGAGACGAGGCCACAAGCUCCGUUGAUAACCGGGGGAAGAAGCGGAAGCACUGA